AUGGCGGCUAGGUAUUUCCGAAACGCAUUGGCACUGGUAGGACUAGUAGUAGUGCUGGUGGCUCUCAAUCUCUCAGUGAGAGCCACGUUAGCAUUCAGCUUCUCAAGCUCCGAGCAGGGGGGGGUGAUGUGGUCGUUCGACUGCGACUGGAAGGGCAACGACAUUGACCGAGCCGCCGGCAUGGGCGACACGUGCGGAAAGCAGUGCCUCGAUCGCGCGGAUUGCACGCAUUGGACGUGGACGGCCGAAAAUGGCGGCUCGUGCUGGCUCAAAGGGGCAAUCAACGCGACAGAAUUGGUCGCCGCCAAUGGCACGUCGUGCGGUUACCGCGUUACCGACAGCGCGACCGGCAACCCGUACACGGGAGUCCAGCAGUACCUCAACCCCGAGUACAAGGCAAGCGUAGAAGCCGCGAUGCGCGCCGCGACUUCCCGGGGAUGCGCCGUUUUUCGCGAGCGUGGCGGAGCAUCCGACGGCCGUGCGUGGUCGUCCAACGGGGAGAUUCCCAAGGGCGGCCUCGACACGUACAAGGCCAAGUACAUUGAUGUUGCCGUGGCGCGCCUUAAAAACAAGGCGGCGAACGUGCGUCUGUCGCUCGUGAUCGAGCCCGACUCGCUGCCCAACAUCGCGACCAACAUGGGCACGAAUCGAGCAGGGUGGCCGGAAGUGAUGAAGCGCGUCAUGGCGGUGUACAUGAAAGUCCUCGCGCGCGCGCGGCAGAUCCGCGAGAACGCCAAGAUCCGCGGCUUCGCGUCCAACGUGGCCAACUACAGCCCGCUCUUCGCGUCCGACGACGGCUGCCCGGCGUCGGAGAAAUGCCCGCUCGCACAGAACCCGAGCACGGGCGAAAUGAACUAUGACUGGAACCCGUGCAUUGACGAGAACCGCUUCACCGCGCGCCUCAAUGCGUUCCUGGGGGCCGCGGGACUGCCCACCAGGUGGAUCGUUGACACCAGCCGGUCCGGCGUCGCUGGCAUUCGAACGCGCUGGGGGUCGUGGUGCAACGUGAAGAACGCGGGGAUCGGAGAAUGCCCCCAGGCGGAUCCCGCUGAUGCUCCGCAAAUUGACGCUGUGGUCUGGAUCAAGCCGCCUGGGGAGAGCGAUGGAAAGGAGAUUCCGGAGCCGCUUCCCGUGGAUCGCGAAUGCGACCCCAUGGACCCGCUUGGCCUGGACGCCCUGGCAGACGCGCCGCGAGCUGGCCAGUGGUUCCAGGAGCAAUUCGCCAUGCUGGUUCGCAACGCCAACCCGCCCAUGCCUGCUGGAGAGGUGGACCCGCCCCCGCCUGCUGACCCGUGCAUGACCGACCCGCAGACAAACCCCGCGUGCGAUCCGUUCUGGAAGAACCUGGCAGUCAAGUACUCGCCGCAGUACAAGUUCCACACCGAUGAGACCAUCUGGCCAAUCACGAUCGACGAUUACCUCACAAAUGACUGCCUCCAAAGGCUUUUUUUCUGA